GAGGCAGCAGAGGAGGGAGGCAGCAGAGGAGGGAGGCAGCAGAGGAGGGAGGCAGCAGAGGAGGGAGGCAGCAGAGGAGGCAGGCAGCAGAGAAGGCAGGCAGCAGACACUGCGCACAUCGCCUCACAACACAACAUUCUCCCACCAACUGGUCGAGAAUUUACUGUUAAACUUGUGAUGAUGAAGUUGUUGCUGGUGGUGUACACUGCUGCAUCAUGCCUGGCCUCAGCACAGCUCCUGCGACCAUACAAAAUGAAUCUUGGAGUAUACAAUCCAGAAACAAAACAUUAUGAAAAGGAAAAUCUAGGGCAAGAUGGACAUGAUCUCCAGCCUCAUGGGCAGAGCCAGCUUGGACAGGAUGGGCAUGAUCAGGAACACCAUGGAGAGUCCCUCCUUGGACAGGAUGGACAUGAUCAGCAGCAACAUAGCCAGCCACUUCUUGGGGGAGAUGAUCAUGACUUGAUGCCUCAUGGACGGCCUGCCCAAGGAGGUGAUGACCAUGACAAGAAGACACACAAUAAGAAACAUGGCAAGCAUAACAAGAACAAGGCACAGAAGAAUGUUGGCAGUGAUGACCAUGACAGAAGGCCACACAAGAAGCGUGUACUUGGCAGUGGUGAUCAUGACCAGCAACCUCAUGACAGGUCCCAUGACAGGCACACUCUUGGUGGUGAUGACCAUGAUCUCCAGCCCCAUGACAGGCACACUCUUGGUGGUGAUGACCAUGAUCUUCAGCCCCAUGACAGGCACACUCUUGGUGGUGAUGACCAUGAUCUCCAGCCCCAUGACAGGCACACUCUUGGUGGUGAUGACCAUGAUCUCCAGCCCCAUGACAGGCACACUCUUGGUGGUGAUGACCAUGAUCUCCAGCCCCAUGACAGGCACACUCUUGGUGGUGAUGACCAUGAUCUCCAGCCCCAUGACAGGAGGACCCUUGGUGCUGAUGGCCAUGACAAAUGGGAACAUAGGAAGAAGCUUGGGGGUGACAACCAUGAUAAGAGGGCACACAAGAAGCGUAUGUUUGGUCAGGGGAACCACGACUACAAGAAACAUGGCAAGAAAAUUGGAGGCACUCAUGAUUUAACUCACAUUGGCGUCUUUAAGACCUUCAUGAAGCAGCACAACAAGGCAUACAAGAGUCAGGCAGAAUUUAAGAAAAGGUUCAACAUUUUCCGCCAGAACAUGAAAAAAGUUCACAUUCUUCAGCAGAAUGAGAGAGGCUCAGCAACAUAUGGAUCCACCAAAUUUGCUGAUCUUACCGAGCAAGAAUUCCGCAAGAUGCUGGGCUUACGUCAUGACUUGCAGCCAGAGUUAUCAGCCAUGAGACCAGCUGUCAUCCCUGAAGAUAUUGAAUUACCUAAUGAGUUUGACUGGAGGAACCAGGGUGUUGUCACACCUGUGAAAAAUCAGGUAAGUUAGAACCUCACAGAUUACGU